UUGGAUGGUGUGCACUUUUUCCUGCAUGCACCAAAAGGGUGAGGGUGGCUUAUGCCAAAGUUCAAUUUGAAACAAGAGACCACCACAACCCAUAACUCACACAGGCUCUGUUGCAUCCGAUGUGCCAGGCGCUUUGGAAUAUACGUAUAUGGGAUAAUACAGAAGGAAAGAAAUGGAUGACGCUCAACAAAGAUGUUGCAAUAUCAGCAACAAGCUCAAUAAAUCGUCACCCUCAACAGAACUAGAUGAGUUCGAAAUUUGAGCCAGACAAACGGAGUGGCGAAACGAUAGCAAGUAUAAAGAAGAGCCUUUAUUCAUCAAAAGUCCCGUCUGGAAGGAUUAAUCCAAGAGUUGAGAUCUUUUUUGGUAUCUUAGAAACAUAAUUGGACAAAGCUGAGAGAUUAUCCGUGACCACAACCACUUCCAAUUGCCUUUAGGACGUCAAAGUUUUUUUUUGGGGAGGAUCUCCAAUUGAUCGUAGUUGUGCACUGGAAUCGAGGAUCAACGGGAAGAGAGAGAGAGAGCGAGAAAAAUGUUCAAUCAACAGAAGUUGGUGGGGAAUGACGACAAGCAGAAAGUGACACUUGGAUCUUGGAUCAGCCUAGGAUGUGAUUUGUAGAGGCCAAAAAUACUCCGGGAAGAGGAACGGCCAAUUUGGGUCUCUGCUAAUUGGAAAAGACGUGUGAAGCAGAAAGUCAGAAUAAUGAAAUCAAUGAAUGAGUGAAUGAAUGAACGAACGAGUGGUUGCAGACCCUGCAAGAGAUUCGAGGAAAAGGAAGCAUGGCCCAAUUUCAUGUCUGCCUUGUCAAGCGUUUCCCUAAGGGAUUCUGACAACUUCCAUCGGCGAAUAAAGGAGGCCAAUUGAAAAGACGGCUCAUCAAUUUCGAUUCAACUAUGAAGUUGGCAGUGCUGGUUCCCAUUGCUUCUCUCCCUAAUAUUCCUGUAACAUGAGGACGCUUCAGUGUUUUCGGAAGCAUUCCAAACUGGCGGGGUGCUCGAUCGUGACCGUGACGACCCUCACGGAGAUUACAGGGCUGGGGUUCUACCUGAAAUACUACAUGGACUUCCUGGAGGCCAAGCCCCCGGAUUACGAAACGCCCCGCCAUGUGGAUGCCGGAACUGUGAUUGGGAUUAGCAUCACCACGAUCUCCCUCCUUCUGUGUAAUAUCCUCCUGUUUUACGGCGUUUGGCGACGGAAACUGAUUUGUUUCCUUCCUUGGAUGCUCCUACACGCGGCUUUAUUCUUCGAGGCCGUCAUUGCCCUCAUCUUCUGUAUCGUCCACUCUAUCAAAACCAGUGUACGUUAUACCUAUUAUUCUCCGAUGUUGCUGAUGGUGGGAAUAGCCAUCUUCAUCUUUGUGGCAUGGUACCUCGUGAAAGAUGUCUUCCUGGCUUUGUACUCUAGUGACGAUGCUUAUCGGAACGGAAACGGAAGUGACUUCUCCAGAGACAACAUGCUGGAGAUGCAAAGCUACUGCCACUCAAGCCCACGUGUCUCCUAUGUCACAUCUAUGAACGAAAUGCAUCGAAUUGUGAUUUGAAUACUAUGUAUGUCUCCAUAUAAUAAACCCCAAAAGUCUAUCUUUGAAGCCUAAGCAGUAGACCGGUUCAGU